AUGCAGGAUACCGAUGUACCCCUCUAUCUCCAUGCAGAAUUCCUACCAAACAUCCGCCAAAUAACCCUUUACGUCUCCCUCCCCGGGACUACAGCAUUUGAUGGAAUCCGACCAGAUAUCCAACUUUCAGAAUCAAGAAAAGCAGUCACAGUUUCCCUAUCAAAACCGUUUGAAUAUGUCACAGAAACAAUCAAGCUGCCAGCACGCGUUAAUGACGCGUCCUGGCGCGUGUUGAAGACAGUUUCUGGACCAGCACCAAAAUCAGAUCCUAAUGGCACUGGGGACUCUAGCUACGAUUUCUCUUUCCGCAUGCAGGUUGAUCCUGAUGAAGAGGCGCUGGCGCCUCGAGAUGAACUAAUCGAUGAAUUUGCACCCUGGACAGCAGAGGAGAUGUCGUCCUCGACUCGAAUUCGUUGUCGAGAGUGCGAACAUGUCUUCCUUGAUCCCUCGUUAAUAUCUGAGUCCGUUGAUCAGGGAACAGACGAAAGCCCUGCUCGGGGAUGGAUCUGGAAAGACCUUCCAAGUGGCAACUGGGCUGAAAUGAUGGAUUUCUGGCAUUGCCACAAACCUGACCCCCAUGAAGGCCACGAGAAACACGAGAAAGACUCUGCACUCAAGGUCGAGGAUCAAACUGCACAGACUAAAGGAUAUGGUGCGAAUAGCCACGUUGUGGCUAUUUCCGGGACGGUUUUUGUUGAUGUUGCCACUUUCCUUGUGGCUGAAACAGACUGUAAUGCAAUUCAGGGCGAUGACGAAGAGCAAAAAUCCAACACUGAAGUUUCCGCGCAACGGACCCUCGACUGCGCAAACUGCAAUGCUAUAAUCGGCAUGGAAGAUCCGGUCGCCAAGGGAUGGCGACUACUCAAAGCCAAUGUAUCUCUGAAUACCAAUUCAUCCAGCUGCGAGACAGAUAUUUCAAAAUGGGAGGUCCACCCAACAGAAACAAUCGUUGCUGCACAGUUACUUGAGUUGAUCGAGAGAGAAAGCGCCCGUCGAUUCGUCGUUCAUUGUGGCCAGAAGAGCGGUCUUGUGCUUUGGGUCUUCAAUCCAGACAUGCGAUACUCGAAUUCUAGCGCAGGCUGUAGUAUCAUGGCUCAGCAAGCGAUGAAAGUAUUCUAUCAAAAUUCUCUCGAUGUGGAUGAGCUUCUCCAUCCGGAAAUUGGGAAUCCUUCGCCCUUGUCGGUGGAAGAGUUGGAGUUGCCGUCUAUGAUAUUCGAAGCAAUGUCACAAGCAUUGACUAGGAGCAACAAGAUGCUACCGCUCUCUGCUAGGAGGUUUAACGAGUGGCACGUUGGGCUUUUGAGUCGUUUCAGGCGCCAGAAAACUUGA